AUGCAACCGGUUGUGCUCAAGGCUGAAAAUGCCUUUCCAACUAUGACCUCCCCAGGUGCUUCCGCUCAAGGUCGGUAUUCAGGGGGAGAAAUGCCCUUAAGCAAUUCAGAAAACCGAAAACCUGAAGCGGAGGGAGAUUCGUUGUCACGGAUGAGAUUGGACAAACUCAACCACAGCGAACCCGCUCUUUCCACCCCACGCGCCGCUGUCAGCCCCAACACUCAGAGGGAAUUGACUCCCGAUCUCAGGAAGCAUGAGCAGGAUGAGAUGCAGGAGUAUGAGAAGGAUCAUGCGGAUGCAAUGGCGGCCUCGUCCGAUGAAGGAGCAGGAUCCUCGACGGAAAAGCGGGCAUCUGAUGCGAAAACGGAGAAGAAAAAGAUGAAACGAUUUCGGUUGGUGCUCAUGGUGGUUUGA